CAGGAUUUUCGGACCUAACCCAUAUUUGUCUGACUGAAACACACGGUCCUCCAAAAUCCAACCCUAAAAUUACCGGAUUAUCGGAUCGGGCUCCUCUGAAGUUUCCAGGAAACAACAAACGUUUCUUCAGCAAUCUCUCAUUCGGUUAAUUUCAAGCCUAUGUGAUGGAAAUACCGAAUGAUUCGGGUAUUAAGAAACCAAAAAGGUUGACCUCUGUCGUGUGGAAUCAUUUUGAAAGGGUCAGAAAGGCUGACACUUGUUAUGCUGUUUGUGUCCAUUGUAACAAGAAGCUCAGCGGGUCGAGUAAUAGCGGCACGACACACCUGAGAAAUCACUUGAUCCGGUGCCUGAAAAGAUCUAAUUUUGAUGUGUCCCAACUACUUGCAGCAAAAAGGAGAAAAAAGGAUACCACUAUUAGCCUUACAAAUAUCGGUUACGACGAAGCCCAGAGAAAAGAUGAGUCUAUUAAACCUUCAAUGGUAAAGUUUGAGCAUGAUCAGAAAAAAGAAGAGAUACUCAACUUUGGUAGUAGCAAAUUUGACCGGGAAUGUAGUCGAUCUGAUCUCGCCCGUAUGAUUAUAUUACAUGGUUAUCCACUUGCCAUGGUUGAUCAUGUUGGAUUCCAAGUUUUUGUCAAGAAUCUUCAGCCAAUGUUUGAGGUUGUCCCGAGUAGUGAUGUUCAGUAUUCCUGUCUGGAAAUUUAUGGGAAAGAGAGAGAAAAGGUGUUUGAGCUGAUGAAUAGAUUUCAUGGGGGAAUUAACCUUUCUGUGGAAACGUGGUCUUCUCAAGAAAAUGUCGAGUAUUUGUGUUUGACCGCACAUUAUAUUGACGAAGAGUGGAGACUACAGAAGAAGAUAAUGAAUUUUGUUACGCUUGAUUCUUCUCAUACAGAAGACUUGCUCUCAGAGGUCAUUAUUAAGUGUCUAAUGGAUUGGGAUAUCGAUAGUAAGCUGUCCGCUUUGACAUUUGAUGAUUGUUCCACUGAUGAUGACAUUGUUCUGAAGAUUAAAGAUCGGAUCUCUGAGAACAGGCCUCUCUUGGGUCGUCAAUUAUUUGACGUGCGCUCUGCUGCACAUGUUCUGAAUUCAAUCGUGCAAGAUGCCAUCGAAGCGCUACAAGAGGUGAUUCAAAAGAUUCGAGAAAGUCUCAGGUACGUAAAAAGUUCACAAGUAACGCAAGGGAAGUUUAAUGAAAUUGCACAAGAAGUUGGAAUCAACAGUCAGAAGAAAUUAGUUCUUGAUUAUCCUAUUCAAUGGAACUCAACAUACCUCAUGCUCAAAACAGCCUUAGAGUACAGGGCCGCAUUUUCUCUCUUGCAAGAGCAUGACCCUGCAUACAUGUCUUCCUUAACCGACGUGGAAUGGGACUGGGUCACUUCCAUCACUGGUUAUUUGAAACUCUUUGUUGAAAUCACUAAUGUCAUUUCGGGCAACAAAUGUCCAACUGCAAACGUAUUUUUCCCUGAAAUUUGCGAUAUUCAUAUCCAAUUAAUUGAAUGGUGCAAGAGCGCAGAUGAUUUUCUUAGUUCUACAUCACUAAAAAUGAAAGCCAAGUUUGAGAAGUAUUGGAGCAAAUGCAGUUUGGCUUUGGCAAUGGCAGCAAUUUUGGAUCCUCGGUUUAAGAUGAAGAUUGUGGAAUAUUACUAUUCUCAAAUCUAUGGCAGUAAUGCUCUGGAUCGGAUCAAGGAAGUUUCUGACGGCAUCAAGGAACUUUACAACAUGUAUUCGAUUGUUCCAACUAUGGUAGAUGAAGGGUCAGCUUUACCUGGCUGUAGCAUGACUAGUAGUAAUGAGACUGGGGACAAACUCAAGGGCUUUGACAAGUUCCUCCGUGAAGCUUCUGAGAGUCAAAGUUCAAUAUCCGACUUGGAUAAAUAUUUAGAGGAACCAGUCUUUCCUCGUAAUGGUGAAUUCAAAGUGCUAAACUGGUGGAAGGUCCACACCCCAAGAUACCCUAUAUUGUCUAUGAUGGCACGCGAUAUUUUGGCAACUCCAAUGUCCACAAUUUCACCAGAAUUAGCAUUCAGCACAAGGGGCCGAGUGCUUGAUCAAUCUCAAAGUUCAUUGAGCCCGGAUACUCGGGAGGCUUUGAUUUGCACACAAGAUUGGUUGCGGGUGGAACCACUUGAUAUCAAUCCCCUCGCGAUCCAUACAGCUCGACCGCUUCUUAUCGAAUCAAGUUAAUCACUCCUUGGUUGAGGAAUUUGCUAAGACACUCCACAUUACUCUCUGGUGUGGUCAGUGAAGCCCCCCAUUUUCUUAUACCUUAGAUAAAAAUAUUGAUAGGUUUUGCAACUUUAUUAAUGUUAUUAUGCAGAUUAAAUGUAAAUUUCAGGACACGACCAGCUAGAUAGACUGUGCUUGAAAUGGAAAACCCGUCUUUAAGUAAGAAGGUUGUGUAGAUUAUGCUUUUCAUUUCACUAUGACUCUAAGAGGGCUGCUUUCCCAUCGCUGGCUUAAAGCCUUUCCAAUCCUCUAGUUAUAUCUUGUUGACCGGCUUCGUAGGUUGUCCUAAAAAUGGGGGAAAAGAAAAAGUAAAAUAAAAUUUUAUUC